CCGUGUAAGGGUAAGCCAUGGGGGGGGCUCGUGGUGGUGUUUGCCCCUGUGGAGGCAACGUGGGGUCCUUCACCCCCUCGUCCUCGCCGGGAGCUGCUAGCACCUUUUCUACGGCCUCCUUACCUCAUGUCCCCCGUUUGAAAUGAGUGCGUUGAGUCACGCAGAGAGCAGGUAGGAGAGUUGUGUGGGGGGGCUUGAGGUCUGUUUUGAGACAGACGUGAUGAUUAAGAAGGCUCCACUGUUAUAAUAAUAUCUGCUCUAGCUGUAAUACCUAUUAUACUCGUAAUAGUCAUAAUUUAACAGUGUAAAAAUAGUCAGAAAGCUGAGUUGCCACAGGGUGGGGGUAAUGGAGUGGGCCAUGGAAAUUCCUCCAGGUCGAGGAAGGUGAAUGACUGGGCUCUGCAGAGGAGGAUAAAGCCUGGAACCAAAACAAUAUGUGGGACCAGAUUUGCAGCUGUUAAGCCGAAAAGAUGUAGCUGAAGACAGAAGAAUAUCCUUGUCCUGGGAAUAUUGUGCACCAAAUUGGGGGAAAAAGCAAGUAGAGUUAGUUAUCAUUUUUCACACACUGACUGUUUGAAUUCCUCUUUAGCUUUAAGCCUCUGUGAAGAAGGAGACUACACCAAUAGCUUAUUAUAAAAGUAUCCUAAUUCAAGAUUCAGGUUAAAGUAGAUUAAUCAAACAAACGACUAAAACCAAAAGGCAGAAUGAAAAAUUGAUUCUGGAAUUAUGACUGCCGCAUUAGCUGCUAUUUUGCACAGUGAUAUCAAGAUAAGUCAUACAUAAUUUCACCAGUGUUACAGGACAGUCCGAAUGUUUAGGCUCUUUGAUUCCUGAAGGUGAAAUACAGCUGAAUUAAGUACCACCUAUAAUCUCAUUGGAAAGCAUUCAGAGGAUGAACCAAAUUGGUAUUUCCAUAAAGCAAACUGGAAAUUAACUGUUUUGUAGUUUAGGGAAAAGUACAACUGUGAGAAAAUAAUAAAUCCUACUUUAGGAUGAAAGCAGAAUUGAGGAAGAAAUUUAUAAAAUCAGGUAGGCCGUUUAGUACAGACACUUGUUUAUGAAUAAACAGAACAUACUUCAACUUUUGGCUGGUUUACAGAAUCCUCAAAAGUUUUGGACACCGAUCAAAGUUUUGAUGUGUUGCUAAUGGCUGCCUGGAUUUUUUCCCCCUGUCCUCUGCAUAAUACGGAAAAUAAGAAUGUUUUCAAACAGACUUUAGUUGGAAAACAUAUAGAAAGUUGCAGGUCCUGCGCUCAUAGUGCCAUCAGAAGCUGAACUCAGUUUGUGAUACGGAAGCACCAGCGACGUAAGCUGUGUCCUCCGACAGAAUCGCGCUGCUGUCUAAGGUGCUGAAAUUGGAGGGCUGCAAAGAGGUUCUGUGGAUCCCCUACCCCCCAGGAGGUUCAGUUUCCCUGUUACACAGGUUCAAUUGCAGUGUGGCUGUAAAAAGUGUCCCUGAAGCCAGUCAUGGAUAAGUGUCUUAAAACAAUGAAGGAGAAGGAAGAGAAGAUCUUGAAAUUUCUUCAGUGAUCUUGACUGGUUCUGCUUAAAAUACCUGAAUGUGAAGGUACUCAGAUAUUAAGCAGCCAGAAAUGACGUCCACCCCUCGUCCAGCAUCAGAGAAUAAGAACUUCAGAGGAAGGAAUGCAACUUCAUAAAUAGCAAACCACAGACACUAAUGGGGAGCAGGAGCAAACCUGCAGGUUAAAAAUUCAUUGCAAGAGAAGCCGUACAUCCAGACUGCUUGUAGAUUCAAAGAUGACUUCAACUCUAGCCUUUGUUUUUCUCCUUUGCCUCUCUUGUCCUUUUUCAUCAAGUCAACAGAGAAGAGCAGGAGGUGAAAUUGGCCCUGAAAUGCUGGAAGAGAUGAGAGAAACUAACCGUGUGCUGAUGGAAGUUCGAGACUUGUUGAAACAGCAGAUUAAGGAGAUAACAUUCCUGAAGAACACAGUCAUGGAGUGUGAUGCCUGUGGCAUGCACACCGAGGCAACAGGCCCUCUCAUCACCGUAACACAGUUCAACAGAUGCAUCCCAAACCCCUGCUUCCCUGGAGUUGCUUGCACUGAGACCAGCACUGGCUUCCGCUGUGGACCCUGUCCCCCAGGUUAUUCAGGCAAUGGGUCCCAGUGCACGGAUAUCAAUGAGUGCAAUGCAAACCCCUGCUUCCCGAAGGUCCAGUGCACUAACACCGCCCCAGGCUUCCGCUGUGAUCCUUGCCCUCCUGGCUUCACUGGGCAAAUGGUUGAAGGGGUCGGACUAGCUUAUGCCAGGGCCAACAAACAGGUUUGCACUGACAUCAACGAAUGUGAGACAGGUGCUGCCGAAAAUUGUGUCCCAAACUCCAUCUGCAUCAAUACACGGGGAUCCUACAAAUGUGGAGCUUGUAAACCUGGCUUUGUUGGGGAUCAAAUCACAGGAUGCAAGAGCCAGACAGUAAGACGCUGCCCUAAUGGUGAAGUUAGUCCAUGCCACGAGAAAGCACGGUGCAUUGUGGAGCGUGAUGGGUCCAUCUCCUGCGUGUGCCUUGUGGGGUGGGCAGGGAACGGCUACGUCUGUGGGAAGGAUACGGACAUCGAUGGAGUCCCUGAUGAAAAGCUACGCUGCUCUGACAAAAAAUGCCGCAAGGAUAACUGUAUGACUGUCCCCAACUCUGGCCAGGAAGAUGCAGACAGGGACGGAAUUGGAGAUGCUUGUGAUGACGAUGCUGAUGGAGACGGGAUAUUAAAUGCUGAGGACAACUGUGUGUACACACGCAACACAGACCAGCGUAAUGCAGACAAAGAUAACUUUGGUGAUGCCUGUGACAAUUGUCGCCUUGUGAAGAACGAUGAUCAACGGGACAUCGAUGGUGACGGAAAAGGAGAUGAAUGUGACGAUGACAUGGACGGUGACGGAAUCAAAAACCCAACAGACAACUGUGAAAGAGUCCCUAAUCCUGAUCAAAAAGAUAGUGAUGGAGAUGGAGUAGGAGAUGUGUGUGACAGCUGCCCAACAGUCAGUAACCCAGACCAGAAAGAUACCGAUCAUGAUCUAGUGGGAGAUGUCUGUGACACCAACCAGGACAGUGAUGGGGAUGGUCACCAAGAUACACGGGAUAAUUGCCCAUCAGUGCCCAACAGCUCCCAGCUGGACUCGGACAAUGAUGGGCUAGGAGAUGAAUGUGACGACGAUGAUGAUAAUGACGGGAUUCCAGAUGAGAAAGCUCCAGGACCUGACAACUGUCGGCUUGUCCCUAACCCUGGCCAAGAAGACUCGGACGGUGAUGGUGUAGGAAACCUUUGUGAAGAGGAUUUUGAUCAGGACAGGGUGAUUGACAGAAUUGAUGUGUGCCCAGAGAAUGCAGAAGUGACACUAACAGACUUCAGGGCUUUCCAGACAGUUGUACUGGACCCUGAGGGUGAUGCACAGAUUGACCCCAACUGGAUUGUCCUCAACCAGGGCAUGGAAAUCGUUCAAACCAUGAACAGCGAUCCUGGCCUGGCUGUAGGUUACACGGCCUUCAACGGAGUGGACUUCGAGGGCACGUUCCAUGUGAACACAGCCACAGAUGAUGAUUAUGCUGGCUUCAUAUUUGGCUACCAGGACAGUUCCAGCUUUUAUGUAGUCAUGUGGAAGCAGAUGGAACAGACCUACUGGCAGGCAAACCCCUUCCGAGCAGUUGCAGAACCUGGAAUUCAACUGAAGGCGGUGAAGUCUAAAACGGGCCCAGGUGAAUAUCUCCGCAACUCUCUCUGGCACACUGGAGACACUACAGACCAGGUCAAGCUGCUGUGGAAAGACCCUCGCAAUUCUGGCUGGAAGGACAAGACUUCUUAUCGCUGGUUCCUGCAACAUCGGCCUCAAGUUGGAUACAUCAGAGCUCGCUUCUAUGAAGGCCCUGAAGUAGUAGCAGACACUGGAGUUGUCCUUGAUACAACUAUGCGAGGAGGACGUCUAGGAGUCUUCUGCUUCUCGCAAGAGAACAUUAUUUGGUCAAACCUGCGUUAUCGCUGCAAUGAUACUAUUCCAGAAGAUUAUGAAACAUAUAGAGUUCAGCAAGAUCAGCCUCUGGCUUAAACGUCUGUCCAAAAACACUUGCUUUAAAAAAAAAAAAAAAAGUGCUCAGCUGCCCCACUAUUGCCUCUGGUAUACUGUAUAAAGAACUGUAAGUAAUGUACCACUGCACUCUGCACAGCACCAAGUGUCACUGCAUUACCUGGCAUCUUUUCUACAGCAGCAACUUUCUUUAAAUGCUAUGAAAACAUAUUGGAAUUGCAGUGGUGUAGACAUCAAGUGUGAAUAGAAGCCUAUGCUGCUGUAAACGCUAGUUCUCUACACUACAUGGAAAAAGAUGUGUUGAGGAGCUACCAGCAGUAGCUGGAAUUGUUGAAGCAAGUUUAGCAUGGGUGUUUCCCAGGAAUCUUUCCCCUCCUCAGAGGCUCUCAAGUGUGAAUGUUAUUCUUUUCACGACCUACUGCAAACCAAACUCGGCACUGGUCUGAAAAGCACACAGCGAGAGCAGCCUAUGUCCAAGUUGCUCACAAAACAUAAAAAAGCACUUUAAGGAGAGUAUUUUUGUUCUGGAAUGUUGGAUAAUAAAUACUCUAGUAGA